UUUCUUCCUCUUUACGUAACUGGUUAACCGGGAGUUAGGACGUUAUCGAAGGUAAACAAAUAUGGAGGAAGAAGGCGAUUACGGAUACGAUGAAGAAGAUGCCGGCGUAAUUAUCAUGCCCGGUGAAGAACCAAAAAUACCAGAAAUAAAAUAUGAGUAUUUAGAUCACACAGCAGAUGUUCAAUUACAUUCAUGGGGUAACGAUUUAAAAGAAUCAUUUGAACAGGUAGGGACUGCCAUGUUUGGUUAUAUGACAACAGAUUAUGAUUCGGUUCAGAUGAAAACAGUUCAUGAAAUACAAGCAGAUGGUGAUGAUCUAGAGUCCUUAUUAUUCCAUUUUUUAGAUGAAUUUUUAUUUUUAUUUUCUGCUGAACCAUGUAUAAUACCUAGGGUCAUAGAAAUAACAGAAUUUGAUUUAGAUAACUUUCAUAUCACAGCAAAAGGGUAUGGUGAACCAUUUGAAAUUGGAAAACAUCCACAAGGGACAGAAGUGAAAGCUAUAACUUAUUCAGCUAUGCAAAUACUCGAUCAAAAGCCAGAACAUGAUAUUUUUGUUGUGAUUGACAUUUAGAAGACUGUUUUCAUGAGAACAAAGGUUUUUAGAAUUCUUUUGGAGGUUUUCUUCAAAGAAAAUCAUAAUUGGGUGAAAUUAUAAAAUCGUGCAAUUUCCUCAUCACAUCAAUUUCUUUUGCAUUGAUGAUAUUCUGGUUUUACCCCCUUCCACUUGUAAUUAAACCUGUCAAAUCACUGUACCAUGACCAAUUUGCAAACAAAAUGUUUGCCGGUCUGAUAAGAGACAACACAAUAUUUAGAUCAACGACGGUCUAGUUUUUAUCACUACCUUAAUUUAACUCAGCUAUUUGCAAUGAAAAUUUCUAUUUAAAGUGCACAAUAAAAACAACAACCCUCAAAGUGGACAGUUUAUAAUACUUGUCAUUGACUUCUAACAUGUCACAGGUGGGUGAAAUUAGCGGAUGGUUACAAAUUUUGAUGAGAUUGAGUGUUUACUUUGGAGUGAUUUUGAUUGGAGCCAGAGAUAAUGGAAGUUCAACUAUUAGUGGAUGGAUCGGCCUAUAUAUUCUAUAGUUAAAUAGUUCAAUAUAUUUAUAUACCCCGUAGGAUUGAUUUAUAAAACUUUAAAGACAAGAUCUCUGAACCAUAAAAUCACCGGUAACUGUGAGCAGCUAUACCGUUCGUUCGUUUUACGUCCACUUCCACCUAAGGUGAUAUCACAACAGCUGUACUCUUUAUACUGCCUUAAAUAUGACCUGGUAUUAAAUAUUUCCUUUUGACAUAUGACAUCAACACAGAUUAAACUAUUAUGUUGAUAGGCUUGAUUUUAAGACCAUGGAUGAGUUACAAAUUCUUGUUUUCUUGAAAAUACUACUUUUAAACAUAUUUAUGUGUCAUCUUUUUGUUAUUACCAUAUUUCUCAGUGUAUUAAAAACA